CCAUUUAAAUUUUUCAAAGGUUUUCUUUGUUCUGAUCAUGUUAUAUUUUUAAGACGUCAUUUUUGCAAAUUAAGGUAAAGUUAACGGUAGAUGGCGUGCUUGACAAGGAAAUAUGAAAACGUGAUUGAUUGAUUAUAUUUGUUAUCAUUGAAAUGUGUAAUUUGACACAGUAAUGAAUAUACCUAUUUUCUUUGUUUUCAUUAAGAUAACGGCAUUGACUAACGAGCACACCAUAUAAUAAUAAUAAUAAAAAAAAUCGUAUUGAAAACAAAUGCAUUACUUCGACGUACUCCGUCAUACGCUAAUGCUAAGUAGGAUGAUGAAAAUAUCGUCAUUUUUAAUGUAAACUUCGCAGAAAGCAAUAUUCACCAUGCACAAAAAAGGAGUAAUUAAUUUAAGGUUUAACCAGGAUCAAGGUUGUUUUUCUUGUUGCACGGAAACUGGACUAAGGAUCUACAAUGUCGAGCCUUUGGUACAAAAAGAAAAAUAUGAAUUUGGAGGUCUCUCAAUGUGUGAGAUGUUGUAUAGGACAAAUUUGUUUGCUGUUGUAGCGGGUGGUCGAUAUCCUAAGUAUUCCCAUAAUACAGUUUUAAUCUAUGAUGACGUCACUAAAAAGUUUGUUAUGGAAUUCUUAUGUCCAUCAGCUGUCAAAGCAGUACGAAUGAGAAGAGACAAGAUUGUAAUUGCAAGUAUUAAUCAGAUAAGUGUAUUCACCUUUCCUGUUCCUACAAAACAUAUCAUAACUAUUGAAACUCGUCCAAAUCCUAUGGGUCUUUGUGAAGUGAGUCCUCUAGAAACAUCUGAAAAACAAAUUCUUGUAUUUCCGGGACAUAAAAUUGGAAGCAUACAACUUUUAGAUAUCUCCAAUCUAGAAUCAAGUAGUUCUAGUUCACCUAUUACUUUAAAUGCUCAUCAAGGAGAAAUUACAUGUUUGGCUGUGAAUCAACAAGGAACUCUUGUAGCUAGUGCAAGUUCAAAAGGUACAUUAAUAAGGAUUUGGGAUAGUAUACGAAAAACCAAAGUUGCAGAGUUAAGACGUGGAUCUGAUCCAGCUACCUUAUAUUGUUUCGAUGCAAAGCUGAUGAGUAUCAAUUUUAGUCCAGAUUCAGAGUUUUUAUGUUGCUCUAGUGACAAAGGAACUGUACACAUAUUUGCAUUAAAAGACUCUGAUCUUAAUCGAAAAUCUAGUCUAUCAACUUUAAGUUUUUUUAGUUCUUAUGUCGAGUCACAGUGGGCUCUAACUAAUUUCACUGUACCUCCUGAAAUGGCUUGUAUAUGUGCAUUUUUGUCUUCUAAUACUGUUAUAGCCGCCUGUCUAGAUGGAACUUUUCAUAAGUACACAUUUUUGAAAGAUGGCUCAUGCAGACGUAAAGCAUAUAACAUAUUUUUGGAUGAUUGUACAGAUGAAGACAUAUAAAUGUUAUUUGUUUCUAUUUCACUUAGUUUUAAUAUGUGACCUUAAUAAUUAAAGUGGAAAUUUUACAUUUAGGUAUUAAUGAAACUUUAAUUAAUUUUCAGUUUAAUUAUUAUAUUUUUUUGUAUAAUGUAGAUCAACUUUUGUCAAAUUAAGAAAAUAAUUAGUUGUUUUUCAAUAUUGUCUUCUUUUAUUGAGGUAGUAUAUUUUAAUACAAUACUACAUAUUUCCAAUAUUGUGAUAAAUUUAUUUUAAGAUAUUUAUUGUUAUUUAUCUAAUUUUUUAUACUAAUGUUUUUCAAUUGUUAAUGUACAAAUUUUAUAUUAUAAAAACAUCAUAAUUGUACUGUGCAAUUUUUAAGUCAAUUAUAAUUCAUAUAUUUCUGUGUA